CCCACUUUCUGCGCUGCCCUACUACCACCUUGACGUCACAAGUCAAUUAAAUUAUGCAGUGUAAUUACGAUUCCAAUUAAUUAGCAUUAAUUUUCAAUAUUCCAUCAAUUAAGUCACUGCUUUCGAUCGAAAUAAAGGGGAGCAAUUUAGUGACCGCGAUCAAUACAAAAAAUAAAAUUUAUUUAUCGAGUUUUACACAAAAUGAGUUUCGUACUUUUAAUUGAUGAUAAUUAAUUAGUUGUUAAUUUUAUGACUGGAGCAAUUGCGGAUUUUGAAAGAGCACUUUGAGCGUAAUCUUUUGGUAAAUACGUUCAUUAAAAAUAAUUAAAUUUCCGCGCCAACUUAAUAGUGGCUCUAGAGUCGCACUCGUAGGGAUCUAACCUGCAAAAUAAAAGAAACAUUUGGUGGAAUAAAUAAAAGUUUAUAUAAAUUAAUGAGUUUUAUUGAUAGUUCAAAUAUUUAUUUUUUAAAUUAAAAUGACGGAAGAGAAAAUUGGAUCUUUAGCUGAGGAAGCUCUUAAACGAAAACAAAGAUUAGCUGAAUUAAAACGAAAAAAUGAUGAGAAACAAGAAAAUCCUAAUGCAGUGGGAAAUUUACCCAAACCAAAAUUCCGAAGUUAUAAACCACAAGAUGAAAAUUUAAAAGAAAACGUCCUCGAAGAUGCUAAACCAGGUGACGUUGAAUCAGAAGUCCAAGAUCUAUUGUCUGCAGCUCAGUCCAAAGUGGUCAUUGAAGAACUUGACAUUGCGAGCUUGGCUCCCCGGAAACCUGAUUGGGAUCUGAAACGUGACGUAUCUAAAAAAUUUGAAAAAUUAGAACGUCAGACACAGAAGGCCAUCGCUGAGUUGAUUCUCGAUCGUUUGAAAAAAGGAAAAGCGGAUAAUUUACCAGAGUUGGCGAAAAUUAGUUGAGAAAAACGUGAUAAUUGUAUAAGUAUGAAGUUUUACCUGAUAGAUAAUAAACUUUAUAAUUUUUA